AGGUCCCGGGUUCAAUCCCCGGCAUCUCCACUCAUUUUAUGGAAGAUUCUUUCCUACUAAAUAUCUAACAUGAUGGGAAAAGGAAAGUUUAAAUGUGCUUCAACCUCCCAUUAAAACAAACUCACAAUACAUAUUUUCAACACGCAGUUCAUAUUUGUGAUACAGUGAACAAGGUCUACGAGACACAUUUGUGAUUGGCCAGACGGAGCACUUGCUCAAAUCUGAUUGGAUGUUUGAGGACUUCGAGGAGAGGUGAGUGUGGGAGGGUUCACCCACGCGAGUGCCAAACAUUUAUUUUUCACCGGCAAAAUUAUGUUCAGUGGUGGGUAAGAGCCUUUCUGUCGAGACAUUAGGCAUGAACCAAUGAGUAAGCCCGAGUCAAAGUAAACACAACUGUAGUGACACAUUAUCAAAGCAAUUAUGUAACCAGAAAUACGGGAUUUUACUGAGACUGAAGACAUUCGCCCAGUGACAGACAGAUCAUUUUUUAAUAAAGCAUCAAAACUGUUCUCCAAAGGAACGAACUGACUGGAGCCGAUCUUACCCGGUAAAUAUGUCAGCUAUUUGCUUUCAAGAAUCUCUUCCUCCCUCACAGACAGCACAGAUUUUGUAAAACAAAUGUGCAACCUUGCACUGCACGAACAGAGCAAGUCUGUCACUGUAACCUACUUCACGAGUGCCGCACCACCGUGAGCAUCCAAGUUACAUUUUCUCCUCUCACCCUAACUUGAUUGUGCCGGAGAAAUGAUUUCAGUAGACGUCACUCAUCUGCAUAGGGAGUAAAAUGCAACCAUCCUGCUAGGCUUUUUGUGCCCUGAAACUCUCUGUACAUUCGCCGUGUGAUAAAAGGACCUACCAUUGCUGCAUAACCGAAACUACAAACAUGGAAGGAGUAGGAUGUUACUAGCAUCCGCCGUAGUGGUAUGGGAAUGGCUGAACGAGCACGGUCGCUGGCGGCCCUACAGCCCGGCUGUCUGUCAUCACAUCGAGGCAGUCAUCCGGAGCGACCCGCGGUGUGGUAGUGUUGUCCUCGGCCAGGUGGACUCUCGCCUCUCGCCUUACAUCAUCGAUUUGCAUUCCAUGCACCAGUUCCGACAAGACACAGGUACCCUUCGACCGGUACGACGUAGCUUCUACGACCCCACCUCGGCGCCUGGCCAGGGCUGGUUGUGGGAGUGGGAGAACGACGCUGGCAGUUGGACGGCGUACGACACGGAGGUGGGCAUCGCCAUCCAGGCCGCGCGCGACCGCCAGCAGCCCUGGCUGGACCUGGCGCCGCUGGGUUUCUGCUACCUCAUUGACUUCGAAAGCAUGACCCAAAUCAACGGGCAGACGCAACGCUGCCGACGCAUCCAGCGACGCUCAGACUUGGCGUACCCGCUGGUUGCCGGGCCCUUACCCAAAUCCCACCAUGCCUGGGGGCCCAUGGCCAUGCCCAGCCAUGGAGGACUGCUUGGGGUGGAUGUAUCCGGAGUGGGCAUGGGGAUCCGCAUGAGCAACAGUGGGACUGGAAAUGGGAGCGCGUACCCCAGUGGGGCGCUCCCUGCCUCCGCCAUCACCUCUUUAGGACAGCCCUGCGCCUGUCAGCAGUGCAUGCUGGUGCUGAGUGUCAAAGCGGGCGCCAUGUCUGCUCACACUCUUGGGCGGAGACCUCCACAGACCAAGCCACCUAGUCCCAAAAUGAGCUACCCUGUCCAAGGAGGGUCGUACUCACUCACUCUCCCUCGACCUCCUUCCCUGUCGCGGUCCUUCUCCCCCCACAGGACGUCCAUAAUUGGUGCGACAGGUGGCUACACUCUAGGUGGUAUGGGUGGAGCAGGAGGUGUAGGGACGGUUGGUGGCGGUGGUUAUGGCAGUGCCAGUUUCGGUUACGGAGGAGGCUUCACCCACUCUCUUUCCCUCCUCGGCUCAGCCACCGCCGCCCUCUCCCUCCACUCCACCCGCCCCCCUCCUCCACCUCUCCCCCCUCCUCCUCCUCCUCCUCCUCCCCCGCCCUCCAUCACACUCUCAUCUUCUGCCACCUCAACCCCUCACCCUUCCACCUCGUCCUCCUUCUCUAUUUUGAGCUCCGCCCCUACAGUGCCCUCCCUAGGUCCACCUCUCAUCUCCACGGCCGCCUCCACCUGCACGCCCUCGCCUUCGGCCCGCGUCCUGGGCCCGGUGUCUUCAUCUGGUGCCGCUGCCUGCGCAGCCCCCCUGCCCCCCCGGUCCAGCCUCGCCGGGCUGAGCCGACCUGCACUGCAGCGAAUCGCCAUGGCUCAGUCACGUGCCCUUAUCGCCUCUGGAGUGCCAACUGUUCCUGUAAAGAACCUGAACGGAUCAAGCCCGGUACACCCUGCACUAGCAGGCAUUACAGGCAUCCUUAUGAGCGCUGCAGGACUUCCUGUCUGCCUGACCCGCCCUCCCAAGCUAGUGCUUCAUCCUCCACCCGUCAGCAAGAGUGACAUCAAGCCCAUCCCAGGCCUGGGCCACUGCUGCCGCAAGACCACCAAGAAGCAGGCUCGAAAAGGAAAGACCCCUGAGGAGGUGGUGAAGAGGUACCUUCAGAAAGUCCGCAAUCCCCCAGAGGAAGACUGUACCAUCUGCAUGGAGGCCCUGGCCGGACCCUCGGGCUACAAAGGCCCCGGGGUGGGGGGCAUCUCCCGGGCCGAGUCGGUGGGCCGCCUGGCUCAGUGCGGUCACCAGUACCACCUCCAAUGCCUCGUUGCGAUGUACAACAAUGGCAACAAGGACGGCAGCUUGCAGUGUCCCACAUGUAAGACCAUCUACGGAGUCAAGACCGGCAACCAGCCCCCGGGCAAGAUGGAGUACCACGUCAUCCCCCACUCGCUACCCGGCCACCCGGACUGCAAAACCAUCCGGAUAAUUUACAACAUCCCUCCUGGCAUCCAGGGCCCCGAGCACCCGAAUCCAGGCAAACCCUUCACUGCCCGCGGGUUCCCCAGACACUGCUACCUCCCUGACAGCGAGAAGGGACGCAGGGUGUUGAGGCUUCUCCUGGUAGCGUGGGACCGCCGGCUCAUUUUCUCUGUGGGUACAUCGAGCACCACGGGCGAGUCAGACACAGUCAUCUGGAACGAGGUGCACCACAAGACGGAGUUCGGCUCCAACCUAACGGGCCACGGCUACCCCGACCCCGGACACCUGGACAACGUUCUGGAGGAGCUCAAGGCCCAGGGCAUCACGGAGGAGGAGUGCCUGUCCAGAGACUGAGCCCAGACAUUCAAGAUGCUGAAGGUCAAACAAACGAUGCUGGGAAAGGAUCCACAGCUGGACAGAUGAACUAUUUUCCAAAUCUGAUAACACAGAGACACUUUAACCACCAGAGAUGGAUAACAACUUCAAAAACUCUUUUUGAAUUGGAUCAAAUUCCUCUUAUGACUGCAUGAGUCAGUUUCAAUAUGUGGGUUUUUUUUCUCCAGAUGCAGUAUUGGUGUCAUCACCGCAGAUUCAGUGAGACAUUGGAGGCCACUGUGCACAUACAGUCAGUCAGUGUUAGAUUAAAAAAAGCUGUCAUUUAUACGGUGAGACUUCAUUUCAAGAAUGUAACGACGACGUGUUUACCACCACUACUGCUGCUGCUACGUGGAACUGAAAGCAGGGGAAACUGGGGGAAAGAAGUGGAGGUCUGUGCGUGUUUCAAGUGUUCGUCCACAAGCAGAAGAUAAAUAUUUCAAGUGUAUAACUGGAUAUCUGAGCAUGACUAUUUGCUGACCUCUAGUGGUAUUUUUCCAGAACUACAUUCCUUUUUAGCUUUGAUUUGUAUUGUUGUAUAUUAUGAAUACUUGAUAUAUUAUAUGAUAUGGUUUCCAUUCUAUCAUGUUUUUUAUAUUUUAAUUUGACAUUUUGUUUUAUAUGCCGUGUUUUCUUUGCAUUGUUUUUUGGGUGUGGCGUUAGAUAAGAUUAACUGCUGGUGUACCAGAGUUUGCCUGACACUUUAUAUGCCAUAUACCAGUCCCCCCGUUUCUUUAAAAUAAAAAUCAGUAUUUUGUAUUUGAUAUGUUCACAAACUGACAUUCCUUAAGUGUUCUGCCCUGAGAGCAUGGGUGCAUUUAAAAGCUUUCUAUGUCUUCUUGUAUCUACGUUAAUGUUAAGGAGGAGGAAAAGCUACUAUGGAUUAAAUCCUUCCCCGCAGGAGGAGUAAAUACCCAAAAAGCUAGGAUUGGACGUCAUGCUUGAGCUCAGACUUGCACAGAGCUUUCUACUUAUAUCAUCAAAAUGAACCGGAAAGCUUGUAUCUGCUGUAUUUUUGUGUAGGACACACACCAGCCUCAAAUGCUCUUAUCACUCUACAAAAUGUGCUUAUCAGUUGAUUUAGUCAUAUUCGGUUUUUGCAAUGAGCAGGUGCAGAAGACUAUCUGUUGUUGUGGAUUCAGCUUUGGCCAACGCGGCUGUCAGUUUGCAUUCGGUCUGUUAUGGACCGGUUUAUUAUGAGGUACGAUGAACGGGAUGUACAACGGUGUGUUGACAUACUGAUGUAGGCCAACAUUAAAAGCAUUUAUACUUUAUGAUACUUUAUGUAUGCGCUGUACUGUAUGUGUGUGUUUUAUGUGCACAAAUUUGCAUUAAACGUUUUUCUAAGGUUCAAA